AUGGCUAGAGGAAACUUCACUGUCCACGCCACCGUCCUUGCCACCACUGUCCUUACCACCACAGCCCCUGCCACCACUGUCCCUGCCACCACUGUCCCUACCACCACAGCCCCUGCUACCACUGUCUCUACCACCACAGCCCCUGCCACCACUAUCCCUGUCACCACUGUCCUUGCCACCACUGUCCCUGUCAGCACUAUUCAUGCCACCACAGUCCCUGCCACCACUGUUUCUGCCACCACUGUUCCUGCCACCACUGUACCUGCCACCUCCGUCCCUGCCACCACUGUCCCCUCUACCACUAUCCGUGCCACCAUUGACCCUGUCACCACUGUUCUUGCCACCACUGUCCCUGUCACCACUAUUCCUGCCACCACUGUUCAUGCCACCACUGUUCCUGCCACCACUGUCCCUGCCACCACUGUUCCUGCCACCACUGUUCCUGCCACCACUGUCCCCCUCAUUAUUAUUACCGCUCGGCUGGACGUGGCUUAUGAUGAAAGGGGCACAGAAGAAGAAGAAGAGAGAUGA